AUGUCUUUCUAUCACUUUCUAGGAGCAGUACAGUAUUCACCAUUUUCUGCAUAUGCCAUUGCCUGCCCAAGGGUUUACACAGAAGCCAAUCAAUACUUACAGCAAGCAGUACAAGACACAGCAGGUAACUCAGACUUUCCAUUUUUGGAAGCCACACAAUUCACAGGAAGUUGUUAUCCAGUCCUGCAGAGGCCAUGCAUGGCCAACUUCCCAAAUGGGCAGGAUACUAACCAUAUAUGGCAGUUUUUACAAGCAUCAUAUACACACCAAGAUUUGCCUAUAUCCCCCAGUAUCACUUGCCAAGUACGACUCCGCUUCGGCAGCGGGCGCUUAAUUUGGCGCUUAGCAAGCGAUCAAAACUGGCUUGUUUUGGGCUCGGAAAAGUGCAGGAAAAUCGGAACAUAUUCUUACACGACCAUCGACGAUGACGACAGCAAUGGUGCCUACAACGAAGACGAUCUCAGUGUCCACAGCUCAGACGAGGAUGUUGGCGGUGACCAGCUAAUCGAUGAAGACGACUCGGAGAUGGCUCUCAAAGACGCAUGCAAGGGCAAGAAUAAGGAUGCGCGGGAGGAGAAGGAACUUAGUCUUCAGUUACGUAGUGAGGUUGGUCAGGUGUGGGCGGUGGCUGCGCAGUUGCACAACGAGGUGAAGAAGAAGGCUAAGACUGUGGUUGAACACGCGUAUGGCUUGAACAUACACUCAAAGCAGUGGUGUGUAGCUCUCGCAACAUGGCUCCUCAAGACCCAUCCAAUGCGGGUGAAUGGUGUAAAGCAUGACAUCCCGAACUUCGUGUUUGGGGACAUGGAGCUUUUGUGGAAUAAGGACAGGCUCGACACUAAGAAAUGCCGUGUGAGCCCUGAGCAGCUGUUCCGCCACCCAGUGAUCUCCAAAAUUAUAGUGCAGCAAUGGUUCGUGGGGAACGGUGGUGCCAGUCAAGCAGUCCAUCGCUUCCGUGAGGUGCCCGACAACCUCAUCUGCCUCGUGUGCAACUCGAUCGAGCUUGGGCUCAAGGAAGCCAUUAGCUCAACUCAGAUUAUGUUCACAAACAGGCAGUUUGCUCCAAAGUGGGAUAGUCUCAUGACUAUACUGGAGGCCAUGCAAGAGAACACGCCUGACUACUACCACGACCUCAAGACGUACAUUUGGGGCCGUAUCAGUCAGCGUGUCGACAGCAUCACCAGCAAUCAGUCGGACGACGAGCCAGACGAGAACUUCAUGGACUGGACAACUUUGCAACAGGCCGCGAAGCCGGCAUCACCAUCCAGACCUGCCAGUGGGCCAUCAACAUUGCGUCCAACCACAGCAAAACUGUCCUCGGUGAAACUGUCCUCUUCAAGAGCCGCUGCGAAGUCAGCGCGGACCACUGAGCAAGAGAAGGACAGCGAGGUUGACGAGCUGCAAGCCUGA